AUGUCUAACAUGUGGACUUUCAUUUUUGUUUUGGUUGCAAUAAUCGCGGAAGUAUACUCCCGAUAUAUCCCAGACUUUGAUACAACCCACCGUCUUCAAGUAGAAAAAGGGCAAUAUGUGGAAAUAGAAUUGGACCUUUAUAUGGACUCUGACUUACCUGGAGCACCUUGUGCUGAUGAGGAAUAUCUUGAGAUCCGUGAUGGGUAUAAUCAGUCUGGAAAUCUUUUGGGUGUAUUUUGUGGAAGAUACAUUAGUGACGUUACUGUACGAUCCAGUGGACAUAACGUGUGGUUAAGAUUUUCACCUCACCGUAGACACCAGCAAUGGAGCAGUUAUGAGGGAAAAGUACUAAAUGCAACAGUUCCCACCGACCUAGAAAACGUUGCAAAGACUCAGUUUGUCCUGCUCAACCAUUUGUCAUCUCUGUGGUGCCCGGCGAAAGGUGGACCAGCUCCUCACAUUGUUUGGAGAAAGAAUGACGCUGUUGUGCAAAACAGCACUAGUGUGCGACUUCAAAUUAAUGUCACUGAAGAAGAAAGAAAUACAAAUUACAGUUGCGAAGUGGACGACCAUGGCCAGUUGAAGAGGAAAAACAUCAGUCUUGUUGUCGAGA